CCCCUUCCUAUAGGAAAAGCUGUGUUUUUGGCCAGGGACAAGCAUCAUUUAGCGGACCUAGUUCAUCUAAUUCGUCAUGAAGCCCCUUAUUUGUUCCAGAAGUAUGUAAAGGAGUCUCAUGGUCGUGACAUCCGUGUGGUGGUGGUUGGAGGGCGUGUGGUUGGAACCAUGUUGCGCUGCUCUACAGAUGGCAGGAUGCAAAGUAAUUGCUCAUUGGGGGGCGUCGGCAUGAUGUGUACGCUGAGUGAACAGGGCAAGCAGUUGGCUAUCCAGGUGUCGAAUAUUUUGGGAAUGGACGUGUGUGGCAUUGACCUGCUGAUGAAAGAUGAUGGGUCCUUCUGUGUCUGCGAAGCAAAUGCAAAUGUAGGUUUCAUUGCCUUUGAUAAGGCUUGUAAUAUUGAUGUAGCUGCUACAGUAGCAGAUUAUGCAGUUUCACUGUUGCCCAGCAGGUUGACCCGAAGGAUGUCUCUGCUUUCUGUGGUGUCCAGCACCAGUGAAACCAGUGAGCCAGAGCUUGGGGCUCCCACUGGCGCUGUGCCAGACGCCGUCGACAAUAUGAGCGCCAACUCUAGCUCUGUCGACAGUGACCCGGAGACAGCGGAGAGGGAGCUCGUGGCCAAACUUCCCAGCAGCAUCUUUAACAUGAACCAGCUUAUAUUAGCCAGUGAUAUUAAUCUCCUAGUGGACUGAGGUUUAAGCCAAACUGUGCUGUAAAUAAAUGAGUGGCUUUAUGUAGCACUGGUCAUACAUAUGUAUUGGUGGCCCUGGAUGUGUGUGAGAAGGGUUUCCAGGUUUAACUAAAUGAGGAUCAUUGCAUAACUGCCCAGAUAGGCUCGACUACUCUCAUUCAUGGUUUUGUGCAUACUCAGUUGCCACAUUUUUUUUGUUUUUUAAUACAUUUCCGAGCAUAUGCCUAUGGUCUUUUAUUGGGAGUCUUAGCUGACAGGGCUUUUUGAGCUCUAAUCAGGUUUGCAUUUUCCACAUAUUCAUUUUGUUCCAUUAGUCUUCAUUUCUGAGAAUCCUGAAUGGGGGCUAGAAAGUAAUGUAGUGUCAUGCCAGUACUGUAUGACCUAUGCUACAGCCAGCCUUGUACAGGAGUGUUACAUUAGUCUGUGAAAUAAAGUAGUGUUAUGUACAUUUUUUUACAUGUAUUCUGUUAAGUGUUUUGUCUAUUUAACAAAUGCAUUUUAAGGGUUUUUUAUUUUUAAAAAAAUCCUGCAUAUUGGCUAGGCUUUAUAUUUUAUUUUUUUCUGCAGCUUAAAGAUGGCCAAUGUGUGUGCAAACUUGACUUUGUACAGGGACUAACUGUUUUUUUAACUUGCUUUUUUGUUCUUGUUGCUAUUAACUACUUAUCUAGUGUACAGUAGUAGUCUGAAUGCAUGGUCCCACCUUAAACAUCAUCACAAGUAUAUUCGUUCCCCAGCCAUGCAUUUUCAAAGUCAAGGACAAAGGAUUUUGUCAAGAAAGGGAUACGUUCUGGGGAAAAAGAUGGUGGACACCACCUGAAAUUUGAGUUAAAUCUGAUGGAAGAAACUUGGUUUGGGACAAAUUUUCUUCUUCAGGGCACAUGCCAAGAAUAUUUAUAAAAUUCAUCCGGAUUCGAAGUGAAAGGUUUAUAGUCAAGAAGACUAGAGUGUUGUAACUUGUCCGAUCUUGCUUUUAGGCUGAAUGGGUUCUGCUCAGCUGCCAGCAAGGCUGUUGUAUUAAGGAUGCUGAUCUAAUAUACAACCUGUUUAGUCCAUUUUUUCCAUUCCUGUAGACUGGGAACUUGCAGAUUGACUACAACAUUUUCUGGCCCUCUCCCAGCCAUCAUUUGUUGCAUCCUAGGUGUCCUAUUGAGGGCUGUGAAGCAGUACAGAUAUUCAAAUUUCCUUUUUCAGUCCAAAAGGAGUGAAAAAGCUCUGUGAAAGAGGGUUGGGUGCUGCUUUUCUGGAAAAAAAAUCUUAUCAGCAUUGACAUUCCCCACAUUCAUUCAGCCUUACUUCAUGAACUCACCAUGGAAUACUGCAAAGUUAUUGAGACCUCCAGAUUUCACACUGUCUUGACAUCUUAAAAUUUUGUUUUAGGUGGUGAUCAUGCAUAAUGUACAGUUCCAAAGUUUUCUUUUAGUCUCUGAGGAAUGUAAUAAAAAGAUUUGUAGAAUUAAAACUGACAUUAAAACUGUGUGAAAUGUUCAGUUGUUGCUAUUGACCUAGUGUACACACUAACCUUAACUAAUUUUUCUUUACAGUGGGGGUAUGUUUUGUAUACUUUGUAGCCGUAGAGGAUCCCACGGCUUUGUUAAACUUCAGUAUGAGAUGCAUCUUUUGGCAUAUACAUAUUACAACAUUUUUAGCUACUGCUGCAUUGUUAUAGCACCUUUGUUUGUUGUUAUGGCUUGGUAGGGGCCACAGUUUGUCAUUUCACCAUCCAAAAUCAUGACGAGUUGUAUGAAAUUCCAUGAACAGUGGUCGAGGGAUUCAUUUCACUCUCUAAAGCCGCCUGCAGUGGCAGUGAGUCAGUAGUAGAUAAUGAAUGUGGACGCAAUGUCCUAGAGUGGAAGAGUAAAAUAAAUGCUUUUAAUCUGGAAGCCAGUAUUUUAAUUAUUUUCCACGCAAGCAACACCCUGUUUAGUCAGUUCAGUAUUUUUUUGAAGAAAUAAAAAGUGUACAUCAAGUCUCCAUGGCAGAUGAACAAACAGAUUAUUUGGUGAGAUGGUAAAGCAGUCCAUGUUUUACUUCUGAUAAAAACUAAUUUAGGAGUGGGAUACCUUCCACCCAUUUGUUUUCUUUUACUUAUUGGGGGUCUUGGAUCAUAUGUUUUAGAUACUUAAGGGGAAAGGCGAGGGUCAAAACCAUUUAUUUAAAGGUACACAGAGGAAAAUAUCACAACUAAUGGGAGACUUUUGGAGUAUAAUGUUUAAAAGAGUUUGUAAGUUUGGUGGGCUGCAGAUCCACCCACAUACAUAUAGGGUAGUACCAGCAAGUGCUUUAUGGGCAGCUAAAACACAACUUUAUUACUGCUGAGAUCAUAGAAAAUAUGGACAAAAUACUGUAGUCUAUAAUGCUGAUAAAGUACGUACCAUGGGAUAAAUAAAAACUUAGCUGAGAAAAAUCUGUUGUAUAGAAGAGAAGGAAUAGCAGCAUUCUAGUUCUAAAAUAUUUAAUUGGAGUAGCAGUGUCCUGUACACAUUUCUUUAAAAGUUUCUAAGUUUUUUGGUUAUGAUUUUUUUUUUUUAUGAUCAGUGGUUGUGUGACUUUCUAAUUUUCUGUGUGAAUUGCACUUCGUUCUGAGCACGCAGUACCAACCCUCUUUCCGGAGCAACAGCAAGCCAUAGAUAUGACAGAUUAACUUGCAGAAGUAACUGAAUGGGCUGCUGAAUAAGAAAAAGCAAGUUAUACAAUGCAACCAUCUUUUGGCAAGUUGCAUACAAUACUACAGUACUGAGACACACUGGUGCAGAAGCUGACUUCAAAGGCGUUUGGAUUUUUUUUCUUUUUUUUUUUUUUUUUUUUUUUUCUUUGUUUUUCUUAAACUAGUACUGAUGUUAACAACUUGUUUUUCUUCCUGAAAGGACUUCAUAAACGUGUGUAUUUCUGGUACCUAAGUAGGGCAGCACGAAGCUUCGGGUACUUAAGGUAGGGCAUGACGAGUUAGAAAAAAAUGAAAGCAAAUGUUUGUAUAGUUGCUUUUUUUUUCUUUUUUUAACUGCUAUUAAGAAUGUAUUUUAUUACUGUUAAGGUACAGUAUUUAUAUCUGGAAUGCUCAACAAAAAAAAUCUGGCCUGUUCUUUGUUAAAUGCAUUGAUUGCCUUGUUUGUAUUGGGCCUUUUUUGUCACUUCCCAGUUUACAAAUUUUGUAAGUCAUUCACACCAGAGCUCCAAAACCGAGCCAGCUUUAUUGCACAAGGGAGCACUGUAUUAGUAGAAACCACUACUUGUAUAGUCUCCCUGGUUGCCUUGGCCUUUAUGUUACUGCUUAAGUACGCUGUUGUUUAUAUAUUGUUGUAUAUGUUUGUUUUUCUUAACAUGUGCUUUUGUCUUUUCAGAGAGACCUAAUUUGUCAAGGCUUUGGUGUUCCUGUGUAACUGUUCACACUGCUUUUCUUGCCAACCUUUUCCAGGAAUAUAAAAUAUUGCAGAGGAAAAAUCCCUCCCCCAUGAGCAAGAGGGUUGAGAAAGAUUUGUGAUGCUAACCCCCAUGUCCUCCAUGUGCUAAAAUGUUACAUGCAGCAGUUUGGAGAUGGAAGUCCAACCUGUUUGCAGGUAAAUUCAUUUUCCCCAUUUUGCCUCAAGUGGGUGCAUAUAUUAUCUUCAGGGUGUGUGUUUUACUUCUCUUUAAGAAGAUUGAAUUCUUCAGAAAUGAUUUUAUAUUCCUGUCCUUGUUUUGUGCAUGGUACAAAUUAAAUGCCAGAUAUAUCCACUUGCAUUUGUUUUAAAAUUAUAGUAAAAAAGGCACUAUUUAUUUUCAAUAGUAGACAAUGAACUGUUCCUGAUUUUUUCCAUGCCUUAACUAUUAUCCAUGCUUAAAUUAUUUUUCAUAUUGUCUUUUGUUUUCUGGUUUUUGAAGAUUUUGCAAGCAGUGAUCCAAGUUUGACUGACACAGUAUUAUAAAAUAACGUCCCGUUUUUAGAGGAGUCAGGUAUGACAAAAAUGAGUUUUUGGGGAAGGAGGUAGUGCAGUUCCUCACUUAUGAACUAGGAGAGCUUGUUCGUAGCACUUCAUCAAUAUUACUAAAGAUAAGGGGUCUGUAUGUGUCAUUUUCUUAGCAAAUCCUUUGUGUGGUCCACUGUAUUGUUAGUCUAGCUAGGGAAACUUAAUUCAACUGGAUUAAAGGGUGGGGGGCCCAGCUAUUUCAUUAUUCAACCACCUGUGUGCUUUCAGACAUGGACUGGUGAUUGUGUGCACAUGUGCCCGUGUCGCUGAGAGUGAUGUGCAUGUUCCAUUUUCUGCCCUUUUUGAAAGUGGUCAGGUGUUCUGAUUGUGAGGAUGGGACACAAACCUAGUCAUUCUUUGAGUGGUUUGUUUGCAAUUCAGCACUGUUUUAAUCCUUUGACUUUACAUAAAUGUAAAGAUAAUUACUCCCGUUUUUAUGUAAUUGUUAGUAUUUUAUGUCUGUGCUGUUUGACGGUGAUCUUCCAUUCUGCUUUCAGUUUUUUAAAAUCAAAAGUUUUUACCAAUGAAAUAUCCUGAAGAGAAAAAAAUCGCAAAACACGGUAAUACAGUUUCUAGAUGGCCUGUCUUUGCUAUAUAUUUAUAUAGUCUGCUGUUUGUAAUAGAAUGGUGGCAUUAUAGGGGCAUGUGGUUAGAAUGUUGGGAGUAUGGUUGUAAUGACUGAGAGUUUUGGGCCAUUAAAAGCUAAAGAAUCUUUAAGAAUGUGUGAUGAUAGGAUUAUUUUUUUUUCUAACAAGGAAGUGUGAUGGGCGGCCCAUGUAAAAGUGGGGGUAGCUGCUUAUUAAUUGUAAUACUUGCACACUUUCUUCAAAACAAGUUUUUCUUUGGGGGUUUUGUUUACAAGUUGUACUGUUUCACUUUUCUUGCUAAAUCCCUUUAUGAACCUUUGUCAAGUUUUAUUGCGGAAAGUAUCGACAGUUCCAGUGUUAGUAAAAUAGGACUGAGAGAGAAGUUUUUCAUCCCACCAAAUGUGUGAUCCUGAAACAUUUUCUUGCAGUAUUCUUAUAUGCAUUUUUAUAAUUAUUAGUAUAAGAUGGUCAGAAAGAAUACCAUAUAAAAUAUGAAAUUAUUUUUCCUUUUUUUCCAAUGAGUUGUACUUUAAAAUGUUGUUCCUCCAGUAUUCCAGUACAUUUAAUAUGACUAGUAAAUUGUACGUAGAGAGAUGGUAGCUGUUUGGGGGAAAAGCCCAAAAUGUCAGUACUCAAACCAUAACAAUAUUUUCCAGAUGUUGAAUGCCCUCCUGAGGUUCGUCUUGGUUAAUCAUUCUUACAGGCACUGUAUAAUCUUUAGAAUUUUGUUUCCCCUGUUACCUGAGUGUAACAUUGUGCUUGUAAUGGCAUUUUGAGUCUUUAGGGACAUUUAGCCCUCCUUUCACAACAAACCAUUGUUCCUUAAAAUGUAGGGUACCUGCCCCAUUUCUUAUGUAACCUUUAUUUUUGCUUUUAUUUUGUUUUGGGAUGGAGGGGGUGGGCUGUUGUCAGCAUUUUCAGAUUUUGGUAAAUGAGUAAUUUCAGUUUUGUUUUUUAAUACUUGGGCUUGUUUUGCUUGUUACUUUGCUUUAACUUGGCAUAAAGGGAAACCUGUAAUAAACACUUGGUAUUUAUUUCCACAUAUGCAUCUCCCCAUGAAAAUAGGGUGGGGUGGCUUCUUCUCUCCCCCCCAUUGUCUUUAAAUAUCUAAAUACUAAACUUUGUUCUUCUAUAUGCCUUCUGCUGUAACAGACUAAUAAACUCAUAGGUGACAGAAGAGGACUCUUCAGUCUGCACCAGAAAUGAAGGAGACCAUUAGGAAUUGCAAGUAGUGUGAACUACGGUGAAUGACAAGAUUGUAAUGGGAAUGGAAGAAGUUUCACAAGAGUGUUGAAUCUGCAGUUUUAUUCACCUGGUGAUUUGACUUUGGAAAUGGAUGAUAGCAGUCUGUGCACGGCCUAAUGGUGCACACUGGUUUGAGCCUUGAAGUGGGAGGAGGUGCUAGAAAAGGUUUCAGGAGACCAGAGUAAUACUUGUACCAUUUCUUCUGGUAUAAAACAUCCUAAAUUGAGGGCUGACAAAAUUUCUUUGAACAUUUGACCCAGGAACAGUAGGAUCCUGAAAAGAGAUGCUUUGUUUAUUCCUGAACAAAAAACUGCGCUGUGCAUAAGAUGAAUUCCAUGUGUUGCAUGAAGAGAAUUAUAAUAAAUAUUUCUGAAUUUUG